AUGGGCGAGUUGACAACUGCAGUGGAAGAUGACAAAAUACUUUCACAUUUCAAUGAAGUGUUGGCGCCGUAUGUUUUAGAAAACCAGGUGUUUAACAAAAAUCCAUCUUUGGGUACACCUUCAUCUUCUCAAGACCGCUACAUUGUGGCAAAAGUUGAAGAGUCACUCCCAAAAGUCAUAGAAGGGAUGAGUGAGGAUGAAGUAAGGGUCAUUACGUCAUUACAUACCUACAAUUUAUUGAUAACAUGCAGCAGCUAGUUUAUUGUAGCUAUAGACACACUGAUACAAGUGUUUUACCGGGAUCAGAAAAUGAGAUAUUUUUCGGUUAUGUUGCGAAGCAAAGUGUUGUGUGUAUAUAAUAAAAAAAUUACACGGUGGCUUGAAUAUAUGAACUUUUAUCUUCGAGUGGUGAAAACAAUACCAAUGACCAUAGUGCUCGAUCAAUCAUUCAUAAAGGAUUGCCCUCACUCGAAGAUAAAAUUUAUAUAUUCAAGUGUAUAAUAUCCUCUCUAGAAUUUACACUUGAAGACUUCAUCAUCUAAUUUCAGAACACCGAAAAUGAGUCGUAAAAUGAGGCAAAUACAUGCAAACUGACAUAUGCUUCAAUAAUAGUUUUUCCUUUUUCCCAUAUCUUAAAGGUUAAACAAUUUCUACACACGGACAGGCAGGCAAAUAUUGAAAAUCGAAAUGAGCGUGUUGUUGCCAUUCGUCUCGGGAAACUGAGCGAGUGCAUGGAAAAAAGAGGUAUCCAAAAAACUUGGAAUGAGAAAGAGGUCCGUGAUAGUGUGGAGAAUUUAAAAUUAGGUAAUGUAUUUCAUCAUAAUGAGUGUGCGCCAUGCAAUUGCUAGCUGUGAUUAUAUAAGAUGUUUAAAAAUAAAUAAUUAUUAUUAUCAUUUACUUAUUCAUUUUAAUAUGUUUGCUGCAAAUAACUGGUGCAAAUAAUGAUCUGAGCACUUUUGAAAUCAAUUCUCAUUUCCCCCAAAAAAAUUAUGCAUGCACAUUUAAGAUUUUUGAAAAGCAGUUCAAAUAAACACAAAAAUAAUAACAAAAGGCGUGUUAAAUGUUCAGAUAUUGUUGUUUAAUAUUGUAUAGAUUUGUUGAACUUCGUGUGACCACAAAAUUUCGAAUUUAUUGAAAUCGCAAAAUAUUGUGAUUUGUCAGUGGCUCGCAGAUCAAUUACUUGCCUCUGCAUGCAUGCCUUCGCCGGCAUCGGCAAAUAAUUGAUCUGCUCAUCACUGAAAAAUUACGAUAUUUUGCUCAACCUCGUCCAAUAAUUGUAUAUUAUUUUACUAAUAUAACUUCUGUUUAAUCAUGAUUUUCCAAAUAUAUAGGAAAACGAGCUGGUGAGCAAAAAUUCUAUUCGCCCAAGAAGAAAAACCUUAAAGUUAAGGGAUGUGUUUUGAUACGGCACACUCUAUUCCAGAAGGACGUUCUUGAUGUACUUGACAAAGGUAGUAUAAAAUACAAAACAAGUGUAACUCCAAAGAUCGAAAACAUUUUUAUAGUUUAUCUACGUUUCGACUAUAUUUCAGUCAUCAUCAGGAUAAACCUACCACAUUAUGGCGGCAUACUGUGUGCAGUCUGUAACUAAACUGACAACAUGGGCAAAAUAUUAUAUAUUUACUUUAAUAAUAGGCUUAACAUAUUUGUUAAAUAUGUUUAUUUAGCUUCCAAUGUAGAAAUACAGCAACAGGACAGAGGUCUGAUUUGGACUCGGUUUCUGUGCCAGCCACCAAAGCAAGUAAAG